UGAGUGGUAACUGGUAAGUGGCAAGUAAAGCAGGACGUUCUUUUUUCAUCAUAGCUGCAGUUGCACACUGUCAGUGUAUGUCUCUUUGCAUUCGCAGAUCUAAUCCAAAAUUUCCCGGAAAAUUAGUUCGUUAUGGCAAAUGCUUGGAAGAGAGACUCCAAACAAUCAAGACUCCGCUUUCCCCUAAUCCUCCUCUUAUUCAUAUCCCUCUUUCUCCUCUUCAUCUUCUAUUUCUUUACUUCCUCAAACAACCCUAAUUCUAAUCCUUAUCUUUCUGUGAAAACCCAAUUUCAAUCCUCUUCAAUAUCUCCUUUUAAUUGCAAAAACUGCCCCCAAUCCUACCCCAUCAUUGCUAACAUUGUCGAAAAUCUUAAAUACCCCUUUAUUUACUCUCUUCCCGAUUUUGGAAAGUUGCCCGACAAGCCUCAUAAAAACAUUGUGAGGUUUUUGAAGGGGAAGCCCUUUAGGAAACCCGAUAUUUCCGAGACAAUUCAGGAGGUUUUGGAGGGAAUGAAAGACAAGAAAAAUAAAGAGGGAUUGGUUGUGGAUGUGGGAGCUAAUGUGGGGAUGGCAUCUUUUGCAGCUGCUGUUAUGGGAUUUAGAGUGUUGAGUUUCGAGCCUGUUUUUGAAAAUUUGCAACGGAUUUGUGACGGGAUUUGGUUUAAUAGAAUUGAGGAUUCGGUCACGGUUUUUGAGGCUGCUGUAUCUGAUCGGAUUGGAAAUAUUACUUUUCACAAGUUGGUUGGUCGUCUUGACAAUAGUGCUGUUUCGGCGACGGGAGCAAAGUUGGCAUUCAAGUCCAAUGAAGAAAUUGCACUUCAAGUAAGGUCCAUCCCUCUUGAUGAAGUAAUCCCACAGUCAGAGCCUGUGCUGCUCGUGAAAAUUGAUGUUCAGGGCUGGGAAUAUCACGUGUUAAAAGGAGCCACAAAGUUACUAUCAAGAAAGAAAGGUGAAGCCCCCUACCUAAUUUAUGAGGAAGAUGAGCGUUUGUUGCAAGCCAGCAACAGCAGUGCCAAAGAGAUUAGAGAUUUCCUAUAUAGUGUGGGUUAUCACCAUUGCUCGCAGCAUGGUACAGAUGCCCACUGCAUCAAAGAUUAAUGAAAGUGGCAUAAUUUUGCAUUGGGAAAGAGAAUUUAACCACAGCACUGUUGAUUUGCCUGUCUUCACUUGCCUGAUGAACGGCAGUUGGAUUCUUGCUGACCGCACGUAAUUCUUUAUUGUUUUAAGGGAAAUAUGUUUAACAGUAAAAGGUUUUGAUGACACAAUCCCACUGGUUUCUGACUGACAUAUAUAUAUGGACUGAGCUUCAGACAGCAGCUCCUGAACUGCUCAGAGCAACCACCUGCUGUAGGAGACUUGGAGUUUAUAAUUCAAGUGAAGGGGAACUUAGGAUUAGAUCCAACACUGUUGAGCUUGCAUCCUGGUUAAAAUUUUGGUCCAUUUAUAUGCUUGUAUUUUUCCAUCGGUUCUGUUGGAUGUGUAUUUUUGAGCAUUUAUAUAUUCUGUUUAUAUGUUCUGUUGGAUGGCCUACAUAUACUGUUUCAUCGAACUUUUUUAGUGAACACAAAUGAAGCUAUAGAUCAACGAUUACUUUGUGUUAUUUUUUCAUCUA